AUGGAUGAUGAUACCAGUACUAUUUGCAAAAUAAGAUCAGAAGUAAAUCCAGAGAUAGAGAAGUGCAGUGAUAAGAACCACACUUUCAAGAACUUUACAAACCAUCUGUUUACACUACAGAAAGAAAAAUACAAGAGAAUCCUGAGUACCAAGGUUAUAAACCAUAUAAAGAAAUGUUUUUCAUAUGCUGUUUCAUCCAACAGAGAAGAUCCACAAACAGAGAUACCCUAUGGGAGAUACCUCUCAGAUAAAGAACUCCAUCAGGAAUUAGUGAAAAUAUUCACAUUGUAUGCAGAACAAUCUGACAAACUUUCUACAUUAGAGAGCACACAAAACAAUGAAAACUUCAAUCAAAUUGUUGCAAGAAAAAAUCCAAAGAACAACUUUUACUCUGGCUCAGAGAGUACCAGUGGCAGAGUUGCUGCAGCUACUUGUGAAAAAAAUAUAGGACCACAUUAUGUGACUCAGAUAAAUGAUAGGUUGAGUUUGUCGCCUGGGUCAUUCAUAGUGAAGCAUGCAGACCGGAAAAUGCGGAAAAGGCAGAGCAAUGCAGAGAAGUAUUGUACCAAGGAAUUCAAGAGAAGGAGAGUUGAACUGAAGAAAUCUGCAUCUACUGCUUCAUCUUCAUUGGAAACAAGAGAAGGGGUGACGUACAGAAGUGGUGUGCUUUCUACUUCCAGCAAUAUUCCAGAUAGUGACAUAGAAACCAUACCACCACCUCCGGAACAGCUGCAACAAACUCCAUUACCUCCUUGUCAAUACAGCAGGGUUUACUUUGAUCUGGAAACGACAGGCCUAGGAUUAUCAGCUGGCAUUAUUCAACUGGCAGCAAGGUAUGGGGAAACUGAGUUCAACCAGUAUGUUAUUCCAAAAACCAGCAUCAAUCCAAUGGCCUCAAAGAUCACGGGACUGACAUAUGAUGGAACCUUGCUGUACAAGAAUGGUGUUGCUUUACCAGCUGUUCCUAUAGAGGUGUGCCUGGCAUCAUUCUUUGAUUGGCUGAAGAAUUCUGGUAUGAACCAUCCCGUGCUGUUUGCCCAUAAUGCCAGGAAGUUUGACAGUCUUAUAUUUGUUACAUGUACAUCAUUACUGAACAGUGGGAAAGAGGAAGAAGGAAAAAUCAUUUGUGGGUUUUGCGACACCUUACCUAUGCUGAAAGAACAUGCAUCAGGAUCCCAUCUGAAUUUUUCCUUGGAGACUCUGGUGAAGGAUAUUCUUGGGUGCUCAUUUAGUGCACAUGAUGCGGUUGAAGACUGUAGAUAUCUCCAGAAAGUUGUUGAGCAUCAUAGUAUUGACUCAUUUUAUCUUCAGUACACUUUUACUAUGAAGUACAUUAUUGAUAUCAUAAAGCAGAUGGAAACUUCAAAACAAAAUCUACAAACACUCAUGCCGUUAGUUCAGAAUCACGUUAUUUCAGAAAGCAUGUGUAAAAAGAUAUCUUUUUCAGGACUAGCUUUGAAACACCUUGAACUGGCACAUCAAAGAGGAGGUUUUGAUGGGAUACACAGCUUAUUUACAGAGACUUUUCAGGGCAAGCCAAGAAUAACCAAACACACAUCUAUUAUUACUGCUGUUUCCAAGUUCAUUGAAGAGAGAUAACUCUUGAUCCUGAAAACUGAUGUCAGUUUUAUUUUUGUCAUUAGCUUUUAUAUUUGACUGGAUGCAAUGCUAUUUAUUUUUAUUUUUAUGAUUCUUUUACCCCAAUUGAUACUUUUUUAUGCAGGAAACAAGAUAAAAUGCACUAUAUCAAAUACAUUCUGCAGAAAUAGAGACAAUUCUCUUUGUUUUCUUUUAUUUACUGUAUAUGAAAUGAUCAAUUAUCUCAUAAGAUCACCUGGAUACACUGGUAAAUAAUUAUCAAUUCUUUAUCAUAAUGACAAGUUCUAAAGAAAAGCUGAACAAUAUUGGAGAAAAAUACAUCUUCAUUU